AUGGUUGAACUCACUUACCUUUUUGUUGCUGUUCUGGCGGUAGCAUCCUUAGUUGAAGCCAAUCGAUUCUGCCAACUUCCCACCUGCGACUGGGAAGAACACACCAUGUGUCGAUUUCCCUCUCCGCAACCCGCCCGCCAGUGCGUUGCUUAUAAGAGUGCUUCCCUUACACCCGAAGAAAAGAAGGAAAUUCUGUAUGCACACAACACAUUUAGAGCUCGCGUUGCCAGUGGUCGCGAGACUCGCGGUCUUGGUGGCCCUCAACCUGUUGGAAAUAUUCCACCUCUACAAUGGGACGAGGAAUUGGCACAGAUUGCCCAACGAUGGGCUAACCAAUGUAACUUUGGUCACGAUAAAUGCAGGAAUGUUGAUCGUUUCCGCGUUGGACAAAAUGUGGCUUACAAAGGGUGGAGUGAUGGAUACAACACGAAGCUUACUGAGCUGGUGACUAUGUGGUACGACGAAGUCGAGCACUUUGAUAGAAGUUUAAUUUCUUCGUUUCAAUUUCACACCAAAAUCGGUCACUACACUCAGAUGGUCUGGGGAAAGACUACUACUGUUGGUUGCGGUCUAGUGAGAUAUAAGAAGGAUGAUAUGUUCACUACUUACCUUGUGUGCAAUUACGGUGAGAGAGGUAACAUGGAGAAUGAACCAAUAUAUGAAACUCGUUAAGGAACCGCACCAGUCAAUCAACAAAAAUUUCAAAGAAAUCCACAAAGAAGGCCUCAAAUUUCUCGCAUUCCACAAACUCCAUUUCAACAACAAAAUACAGAGCAAAUGAGAUGGAAUGCAUGUAUGCGUGCAUGUUUGUAUGGUUAAGAUAAGAACC